AUGCCGUCCGCUGCUAUGUGUAUGCGAACCCUGAGGGCAUACUCCAAGUAUGGCGCGAAUCAUCACCUCGUGCUCGCGAGAGCUUUCUCGGCAACCUCCCGCCGCGCCGAGAUCAACAAGGUCUACCCGUCCGCCUCGGAAGCCCUGAAGGAUAUGAAGUCUGACUCCACGCUUCUGUGUGGCGGUUUCGGUCUGUGUGGUGUUCCCGACACUCUAAUCGACGAAGUCCUCAACAAGCCCGAAAUCAAGGGCAUCACUGCCGUGUCGAACAACGCCGGAACAGAUAGCUCGGGGCUGGGCAAGCUGCUGAAGACGAAACAGAUCAGCAAGAUGAUUGCGAGUUACAUUGGCGAGAACAAGACCUUUGAGAAGAUGUACUUGACGGGCGAGGUGGAGCUGGAACUCACACCCCAGGGAACGCUGGCGGAACGUUGUGCCUCGGGCGGCAAGGGCAUUCCGGCCUUCUACACGCCAGCAGCCUUUGGAACCGUAGUACAGACCGGCGACCUGCCCCUCAAGAACAAGCCCGACGGGUCGGCAGAGCAGUUCUCUUACCCCAAGGACGUCAAGGUCUUCAACGGCAAGCCCUACCUAUUGGAGCACGCCAUUGACGGAGACUACGCUUUCGUCAAGGCCUACAAGGCCGACAAGCUCGGCAACUGCCAGUUCCGUCUGGCUGCCAACAACUUCAACGGCGCCAUGGGCCGUAACGCCAAGAUCACCAUCGUCGAGGCUGAGCACAUCGUGGAGCCCGGCGAGAUCCCCCCAGAGGCCGUCCACCUGCCCGGCAUCUACGUGAAGCGCGUGAUUCAGAGCACAGUCGAGAAGAACAUUGAGAAGUUCACCUGGGCAAAGGAUGAGAACGACCCGGACGCAAAGAAGGCGCUGGGCACCGGUGACACUGCCGCCAAGAGGGAGCGGAUCGUCCGCAGGGCGGCCAAGGAGUUCAAGAACGGCAUGUACGCCAACCUGGGUAUCGGCAUGCCCAUGCUGGCUCCUAGCUUCGUCGGUCCUGAGGUCGAGGUGCAGCUGCAGUCCGAGAACGGUAUUCUGGGUCUGGGCCCCUACCCGAAGCAGGGCAAGGAGGACGCCGACCUGAUCAACGCCGGCAAGGAGACCGUCACCUUGAACCCCGGUGCCGCCGUGUUUGGUAGCGAAGAGAGCUUCGGCAUGAUCCGCAGCGGCCGUAUCGACCUGACCAUUUUGGGUGCUAUGCAGGUCAGCGCCACUGGUGACCUGGCAAACUGGAUGCUGCCAGGCAAGGUCAAGGGUUUCGGUGGUGCCAUGGAUCUCGUCAGCAACCCGAGCAAGACCAAGGUCGUCGUCACGAUGGAGCACACCGAUAAGAAGGGCAACCCCAAGAUCAUGAAGCAGUGCGCUUUCCCCCUGACCGGCCGUGCCUGUGUCUCGAGGAUCAUCACUGAACUUGGUGUCUUCGAUGUUGACUUUGCGCACGGCUUGACCCUGAUUGAGAUUGCCGACGGUGUCACAGUCGAUGAGAUCAAGAGCAAGACCGAAGCGCCGUUCACAGUUGCAGAGGACCUGAAGCCGAUGUUAGCCUGUACCAAGAUCUCUGCGAUGGCGAUGAAUGCCGAGGGCCGGCGCUAUGACCCGGACACCGGGUUGAUAUACCGGGAGAGCCAGGUCGCGGCGACGAAACGCAAGCCCUCGACUUGGACAAAUGACUGGCAUCGCAGAGCGACACUGCGACUGGAUGCUAUCCGUCGAGCUCAAUCGAAGGGCCCGCGGUGCCUGAAGGCCAUGGCUGUGACUGUCUGUGGGGACAACUUCGGCUACCUCGACGAUCUACGAGACGUGCCGGAGCACUUGGUAUGGGAUAUAUGGGAUUACUGCCAGGCUUCUCAUAGCCAUGAUUUCGAGAUAGAAAUGCCGGAUGCCCCUCUCUUGUCAUACAUCAAGCCGAUGACCUCGACAUCUUUUGACUUCAUCGUUCAUCUGACGCUCGCCAGUGGUGCAUCCUUCUCCGUCAACGAGCUUCUCAGCCUGCCACAGUUGAAAAACCUUGGGGUCCUUGAGAUCAUCCAACCCAGAUACCUCUCCAAGGCAUCGGAGUUUCCUAGAGUCAGCGAUCGCGUACUCAGGGAAUGGUCACGGCAACCUGGCGCAUUUCCGUGCUUGCGAGUCUUGAAGAUAUGGGGGAACGAUUUCACGACGGCAGAAUCGCUCGGUUUCGUUUCCAGGUUUCCAUCCCUUGCCGUGUAUGAUGUUGCUGGCAGGCGAGAAGACUGGAAAAGGCUAUCUGUUCACGCCUCUGGCUGGUGUCGCAUCGGCAAAGUCUGGCGCAGUGGCCAGACGAAACUCACAAUCGAUGCCCCUCUCGCAACGAUAGCUGCUCUGACAAACCCUGAUGAUUUACCUUCAAUGGACUUCGUCGUUGAUUACAUCGAUGCUCUAGCUGCCACCGAACAACUGGUUAAGUUUAUUCCAGUCGAUCAGAUAAAUCAGACAAUCGGCCUCAUAAACCCGGCCCGGCCAAUACGAUCCCGAGAGCAUUACAACAGCCACAUCAGUACUCUCAACUGUGGCAUCUGGGGCUAUGUUCUCUACUCUCAAGUUGGGAAGUUAUUGAAGGAUCGAGAUCUUCGAGCUACAGGUCUCUCUGUUGAGGAGGCGGUGGCUCUUGCGAACGGUGACUCCGAUCCUCCUCAACUGCUUGCACCCUCGCGACCAUUUGCUUCCAUUAGUCUUGGAAGAAUCGAUUGCUUCGAUGUCCCUUGUCCACGACCCGAAAUGCUAGACAACCAGCCGGAGGUUCAUUGGACUUUCAUACGUUCAAGCAUGGCAGAGCCGAAAAAGUCGUCUCCUCAAGUCGUGCCUGCAAAGCGUUCGGCUGAGAACCAAGAUCAGCCCAGCCGAUCUCGAGGGAAAAAGCUCCAGAGUAUUGACGCGUUGUUAUCACAGUUCAGAUGA